AUGAGGAAUCAGUCAAGAGAGAUGGAGUUCAUUCUCCUAGGACUGACCGAUGACCCACAACUGCAAAUUGUGAUUUUUGUAUUUCUCUUUCUAAAUUAUGUGUUGAGUGUAAUGGGGAACUUAUCCAUCAUCCUUCUUACCUUGCUAGAUCCCCGCCUCAAGACUCCCAUGUAUUUUUUCCUCCGAAAUUUCUCCUUCUUGGAAGCUUCAUUGACAACGGUCUGUAUUCCCAGAUUCCUGAUAAGCAUCGUGACUAAAAACAAAACAAUAUCCUAUGAUAGUUGUGCAUCUCAGUUAUUCUUUUUCCUCUUAUUAGAAAUUACAGAAUUUUACCUACUGGCUGCCAUGUCUUUUGACCGUUAUGUAGCAAUCUGCAAACCCCUACAUUAUCCAGUGAUUAUGAACAACAAAGUGUGUUACCAACUUCUAUUCAGUUCAUGGACAUCAGGCUUUCUAUUUACAUUUCCACCAUUGGCCUUGGGACUGACACUGGAAUUCUGUGCUUCCAGAGUAAUUGAUCAUUUCAUGUGUGACAUUUCCCCUGUGCUGCAGCUUUCUUGCACUGACACUCAUUUCCUGGAAUUAUUUUCAUUUGUCUUAGCUAUUUUAACACUCCUAGUCACAUUGCUGUUAGUGAUUCUUUCUUACACAUAUAUUAUCAAGACCAUUCUAAAAAUCCCCUCUGCUCAGAAAAGAACAAAGGCUUUUUCUACUUGUUCUUCUCAUAUAAUUGUGGUCUCCCUUACUUAUGGUAGCUGUAUCUUUAAUUACAUAAAACCAACAGCAAAGGAAAGGGUAACUUUAUCCAAAGGUGUAACUGUUAUCUAUACCUCAGUUGCCCCUUUAUUAAACCCUUUCAUUUACACUCUAAGAAACCAGCAAGUGAAACAAGCCUUCAAAGAUAUACUCCAAAAGACUUUCUAUUUUUUCAAAAAAUGA